AUGAAAAUAUUGAAAAAUUGUAUAUUAUUAAUAAUAUUUGGGUUAUUAUCAACUCAAUUAAUUAAUGCGGAUACCGAUUAUUGUUCAUUACUUGAAAAUGCAUUAAUGUUUUAUAAAAUGAAUAGAGCUGGUCGUUUACCAGAUAACGAUAUACCAUGGAGAGGUAAUUCAGCAUUGAAUGAUGCAAGUCCAAAUUCAGCUAAAGAUGCCAAUGGUGAUGGUAAUUUAAGUGGUGGUUAUUUUGAUGCUGGUGAUGGUGUUAAAUUUGGUUUACCAAUGGCUUAUUCUAUGACUAUGUUGGGUUGGUCAUUCAUUGAAUAUGAAUCCAAUAUUGCUCAAUGUGGUUUGACAAGUUUAUACCUCGAUACAAUUAAAUAUGGUACCGACUGGCUUAUUGCAGCACAUACUGCCGAUAAUGAAUUUGCAGGCCAAGUUGGUGAUGGUAAUGUUGAUCAUUCUUGGUGGGGUCCUCCAGAAGAUAUGACAAUGGCUCGUCCAACUUAUAUGUUAACAACCGAAGCACCAGGUACUGAAAUUGCAAUGGAAGCAGCAUCAGCAUUAGCUGCAGCUUCAAUAGCAUUUAAAUCUUCAAACCCAACAUACGCUGCAACUUGCUUAGCACAUGCUAAAACUCUUCAUAAUUUCGGGUACACUUAUCGUGGUGUUUAUUCAGAUUCCAUUACGAAUGCUCAAGCUUUUUAUAAUUCAUGGUCUGGCUAUAAGGAUGAUUUAGUUUGGGGUAGCAUUUGGUUAUAUAAAGCAACUCAAGAUUCAGAUUAUUUAACAAAAGCCGUUGCAGAUUAUGCAUCAGGUGGUGUUGGUGGAAUGGCACAAGGUAAUUCUCACGAUUGGGAUAAUAAAGCACCAGGUUGUUGUUUAUUAUUAUCUAAAUUAGUUCCAACCACAAGUACUUAUAAAACUGAUUUCGAAGGUUGGUUAAAUUAUUGGUUACCAGGUGGAGGUGUCACUUAUACUCCAGGUGGUUUAGCAUGGAUCAGACAAUGGGGUCCAGCUCGUUAUGCUGCCACUGCCGCUUUCCUUGGUUCUUUAGCUGGUACUGAAAAAGGCACAGAUUUCACUCAAAAACAAGUUGACUAUUUAAUUGGUAAUAAUCCAAAUCAACAAUCAUUUGUAGUUGGUAUGGGUCCAAAUUAUCCAAUUAAUCCACAUCAUCGUGCUGCCCAUCAUUCUACAACUAAUGAUAUAAAUAAUCCAGUUAAUAAUUUAUACCUCUUAAAAGGUGCUUUAGUUGGUGGACCAGGUUCAAAUGAUGAAUAUACUGAUGAUAGAACUGAUUAUAUUUCAAAUGAAGUUGCAACUGAUUAUAAUGCUGGUUUCGUUGGUGCAUUAGCUUCUCUUGUAAAUCCAUCUUCAACUUCUGUUCCAACCACAACUCCAACAGUAACUGAAACCCCAACAGAGACUCCAACUGAGACUCCAACUGAGACUCCAACUGAGACUCCAACAGAGACUCCAACAGAAACUCCAACAGAGACUCCAACAGAAACUCCAACAGAGACUCCAACAGAAACUCCAACAGAAACUCCAACAGAAACUCCAACAGAAACUCCAACAGAAACUCCAACAGAAACUCCAACCGAGACUCCAACUGAAACUGUUACUCCAACCCCAACAGUAACACCAACUGAAACUCCAUCAAGUGGAGAAUCUUUAUCAAUCUAUAAAAGUGGAUUAAAAAAUGAUUUCCAAGAUUGGUCAUGGGGUGAGCAUUCAUUAACUGAUACAACAAAUGUUGAAUCUGGAGAAACCAAUUCAAUUUCAUUUACACCAAAAGCAUAUGGUGCAGUAUUUUUAGGAUGUUUCGAAUGUAUUGAUACUGAUACAUACAAUAAUAUUGAAUUUGAUAUUAAUGGUGGUAGCAGUGGUGCUCAAUUAUUAAGAAUAACUGUUGUUAAAAAUAGUAAAUCUGUUGGUUCCAAAUUAAUUACCGAUCUUAAUGGUGGAACUCCAAUCGAAGCAAAUUCAUGGACUAAAAUUAAAGCAUCCUUUAUUGAUGACUUUAAAGUAUCUGGUAAAGUCGAUGGUAUUUGGAUUCAAGAUAUCAAAGGUGAUACCCAAUCAACUGUAUACAUAAGUAAUAUUAUUGCAACUGCUUAA